UUCAAAAAUUGGGCGCCCGCUGAACCGCCUAGAUAUUUCUCACCUUGACCAUCAGACCUGAUUCACGCCAGUUUCCAAAUUAGAGUGCAUUCAGUGGGCCUUGUUGCCUUGCAGCUGCUAGUUUUGGCUACUGUUUACGUUUGCAUCCUUGAACGGAACCAACCUCUACACUCAGAUUUGUUUACGUUUACUUUUGCGCCUCGUGAAUCCCACCCCAACUUCGGCAUGUUGCGCGGACGCAGCAUCCAAUAUCUUUGACACUCAAAUCGUUUUUUCGGGACCGGCACAAAUGUGGGCUUUGUUUCAAACAUUCAAAAUUUUAGAACGAAGAGUUUUCUUGUCCCCAAAUUUGUCAUGAUAUCGCCAUGCCACCGUUUCUUGAGGAUUGGGCCGACGAGCUUGGCAUGUCGCCUUGGUAUGACGACGAGUCGGCCGACGAGCUCCCUGACGCACCUGCGGACAUCACCUUGAGCCCUCAAAAAGUGUCACCAAACCGGCUUGAAGGAAGCUUCUUGGGCCAUCGCCCGUCAAGUCAGCCGCGACCGUCUUCUCUCCAGACGCCCGAUGGUAUUCGACGUGCGCCUGAUCGAGACCCGACCGAAAUCCUUGGCUGGAGCAGUCCGCCUGCGCCCACUCGGGAUUUCAGCACAACCAUCUCAGAAUCUGAUGCCGGAAGCCAGAGCGAUGCAGAGGAGCUACCAAGCGACACAUCUGUAAAACAAGAUUCAUUAGUGUCCGUGGAAUUGCCGCCAAGCACAUUGUCGAUACCGAGCUCCAUGUACAAGAUCUACGACCCCGAGACUGAGCAAUGCACGAAAGCGCAAGUCCCGAUCACAGAGGGCAGGGCUUUGGACAUACUUGAGAGGCAGGCACGUCUCAAGGCCAAGCACGACGCAAAGGCAGAGGAGGAGGAUGAGGACGAAAUCUAUCUGGAUGACUUCGCCUUUUACACCUUGGCUCACCGACAUAAAUAUGAACUCUGUGGUUUGCAGGAUCUGUUCAAAAUAGGGAAUACCACACUGUAUUUCAAUGGGUGGCUUACCCGCGGCAAUUCCAAGUACUACUUGGAAUCUGUACCUUUCGGAUGGUGCUCCAUCGGCAAUUAUGGUCUGGAUUCUCCAAGCAUUGACGGUGCUGUAUGGAUACAGUCGAAACUGCAAAGCCGCAAAAAGGCUGGUGCUUGGUACAAGCUGCGGAAUCCAGGGUUCGAAUAUGUGCGACUGUAUAAGCCUUUUCUUUGGUUAGCCGACCUAGCCAAGCACGUUAUCAAUUUUAUUGAGAACAAGAUAUCGAAAAGAGUUGUACCAGAAAACAUCGGAAUUCACAGCUUUCGCAGCGAGUUCGCAAGUUGGCUUGAUCAUGUCCACGGUCUUUCGCCGGCUUUCAAGGCCUGGUUUGAUCAGCACCCCAUGAAGGACUUUAGGUCCGACGUGGCCGUACACGCUGAAUUUUUAUGGAAGGAAGCCAAUGGUGUUCUUGAACCAAAGGUCUGCCGGAGCUUGCGUCUUUUCAAGGAAGUUUUAACGUUGGAUCAAUACCGGGCACAGGAAGGCAAAGACAACUUGACGGUUGUGACGCCGUAUGUCUACGAUUUGUUCCGGCACAUGGAAAGCGGGCACCUAUUAAAAAAGGUAAAUCCGACUGAACAACUUACCCUGGCUGGGACGGGGAAGGAGGCAGGAAGCGUUCCGAAUGGAAGAAAUGAUGACACUAGACAUGUAACCCUGGACCGAAAAACCCUCAUCGAUAAUAUUCGGAUCGGCGAUGUCAUUUCUCGCAAGCCUGACGGCGAGGGCAGCAAAUGGAAGAAAGGCCAUGGAAAUACAAGGUGGUUUGGUCUUGUGCAACAAGUCGUCAAACCUUCACGAGGCGAAACGAGGUUCCAUAUCAAAUGGCUUUAUUCACCCCACGAUACCCCGUGCAAUCGAGGCACGUACCCCUGGCCAAACGAACUCUUUCUGUCGCUCAACCACUGCAGCUGCCAUCGUAGAGGAGACGAUCCGUUUUUAGCUAGCGAAAUCCUGGCAAAGCAUUCCGUGGCAUGGUCCGGAGACGAAAAGAGUUCUGAUGAGUUCUUUGUCCGACAGUCCUAUGAUAACGAGGAACGGCGCUGGAUUACUCUGCAAAAAUCGCAUAUGUUUUGCGAUGAGGAGGCGCAACCCAUCAAGUACGAAAUUGGCGAAACGGUCCUCGCAGGCGACAAAUCCAGGCUUGAGCCUUAUGUUAUCACAGGCUUUUUUGAACAUGGAACGGCCAAUUUUAGGAGGCUUUCGAGACGUGCCGAAGUGGACCCGUCAUCCUCCGCACCACCCAACGAGCUUAUUUAUACCGAAGAGAUCAUUCGACUGCCCGCCAGCGAUAUUCGAAGUCCUUGUACUAUCCGUGUCUUUACCAACAACCCUCAAGUUAUUCCCACACCGUAUGAUAGACGGGGUACAGGAAACUGCUUCUUCAUCAGAUUCAAACUUGAGACCGAUGCGAGCCUCGUUGCGAUGACAGAGGUGCCUCCAAUAUUCAAGCAGGGUUUUUUGCCUCAAAAACAGGGCAGGCGCAAGUCAAAGCCCAAACCUCUACGUGGCUUGGACCUGUUUGCUGGUUGCGGAAAUCUGGGCCGUGGUAUUGAGGAAGGCGGCGCAGUUGAGGUUAAAUGGGUCAAUGACAUUUGGACAAAUGCGAUACAUACGUAUAUGGCCAAUACCAAUGAUAAAAGCGCUGUCAAGCCUUUUCUAGGAUCAGUCGACUUAUUGCUCGAAAAGGCUCUCAAAAGAGAUGGCUCUGUCCUAGAUGGCUCUGUCCUAGAUGGCUCUGUCCUAGAUGGCUCUGUCCUAGAUGGCUCUGUCCCCUCACGUGGGGAAGUAGAAUUCAUAUCCGGCGGUUCACCAUGUCAAGGCUUCUCCCUUUUAACGGUCAACAAAAGCGACGACCGACAAGUGAAAAAUCGGUCACUUGUCGCAAGCUUUGCAUCGUUUGUGGACUUUUACCGGCCAAAAUACGGACUGUUGGAAAACGUUACGAAUAUGGUCAACGCCAAUGUCAGGCCAGAUUGCGAUUACCUCUCUCAAUUGUUUUGUGCGCUCGUCGGGUUAGGCUAUCAAGUACAGAUCAUCCUGGGUGACGCUUGGUCGUAUGGUGCACCUCAACAGCGGUCGAGGAUAUUUUUGUCUUUUGCCCGUGCCGAUUUUCAACUGCCUCAAAUACCGACGAGAUCUCAUUCGCAUACUGCAGCUAUCCCAAGCAGGGCUAUCGGAUACCUGAAUAAUGGUGAACGCUUUGUCGAACGCCAGUUUUCCAGCACAGCGUUCCGAUAUGUUACCAGUGGUGAGGCCAUCGAUGACUUGCCUAAAAUAGGUGAUGGAAGACAAAUUUGCAUCCCUUUUCCGGAUCACCGCCCAAACAAAGAAUCGUUCGUUGCACAAGUACGAAUCGCCCAUAUCCCUGUAACUCCUUACGGAAUUGGCUUCGUUCAAGCCUACCAGACAGGAAGAAUAACGGAGGCAGAGCGGCAAAUCUUCCCGGCAGACACGCUCACAGCGGAACGAACAAGAUGCGGGAGAGGCUGGUCUCGCUUAUCACCAAAUAAGCUGUUCCAGACAAUAACCACCACUCCGAACCAUACGGAUUCCCGGACUGGAUGCCAAAUCCACCCCAGUGAGCAACGGACUUUGACCAUCAUGGAGGUCCGCCGGGCGCAGGGCGUUCCGGACAAUGAGGUUUUGGUCGGCCAAUUCAGGGACCGGUGGAAGCUCGUUGGCAACAGCGUGGCGCGGCAGGCUGCUUUGGCGCUGGGGUUAGAGCUCAGGAGAGCCUACUUUGGAAAUUUGUACGAUGAUGACGACGACGAAGACGCAGCGGCGCAGGCUGUCGUUUCCAUUGAGGGAGAUUUGCAGGUACCACUUCAUCCUGCCAUCCAGCCUGCCCUCGGGACAGAGACAGAGGAGCCCAGACUAGCUCCAGUACAUGUUGCGACGGUGGCCAACGGCACCCUCGAAACAGGUUCACACAAGCUCUCGGCGGCAGUGUCAAUGACGCCGGGUGGGGCCACAUUGUCAGCCCAGGUGCGGUCCCAAGGCGUGCGGGCGAUUGCGACGGCUACCAUCGAUUUGACCAUAGAGGAUGAUGCAUCAGAUAUGCAAAGCGUCACCAGUUCCCAGUGGAAGCGGAAACUGGAUGAGAUUCUCAUUGACAGCGACAACGAGUCCGAUGCCGCCCGGGUACAUCCCUUGAAGCUUUCGAAACUGUCGCACUACUGAUGUGUGAUGGAGAAGCUAAUCGCAUACCCUCUUCUAUCACGACGGCGGUGGUUUAUAAUUAUUCUCAUAUUAACAUGAUAUUGACGAAAAUAGUUGUUUUCAUUACUUAACUCUACAUAUUGUUCGGUAGAACUGAUUUGUUUGGCAUCCGCUCAUAUCUUGUUCAGAUGCAUUUCUUUUCGUUGAGGCAUUUACAGCACCUGCUUUGUCUUUUUUCUGCAUAGCAAAGGAGUAGUGACAUCAUUGUCCUGGAAAACACAAGAUUGUUCUGCGCUGUCCGUUUGGAGCAAGAUUGAGUCCAAAAUGAACCCAUGAGGCAUAGAGCAUUGCGAUUAG